UUCUGACGUAUUUUCCAUCAUGUAUGUAACAUUUCAUGGUAAAACUUAAUGAAAGUUUCAAUAAAGGAAUUCUCUGGGGGGAAAAACAAAACAAGGGAGCUCUGUGCACCCACCUGGAACGAACUGGGCGCCUGGAGGCGGAGGGGAGAGCCCUCCGGCCAAGCCCAGGAAGGACCAGCCAGGUGCAGAGGGCGUGCCGAGUCCUCUAGACCCCGUGCCCCCUCUCAGGGCCCGGGCGCCCAAGCCUCCUCUGCCCCCACCCACCCACAUGCUUCCUCACCAGCCGCCCGCAGGCUGGCUCCCCAUGCCCCCUCCCUGCCUCAGCACCCCCCUGCCCUCUCUGCCCCCGCCAAUCCCCCACCACGUCCCCCAUCACUCCCCACUCCCGCCUGCCUGCCCUUGGCCUUCUGGAACUCCUGGAAGUUUCCGGCGGGAGCUUUUAAUUUGAAAGCACCUCCAGUUCUUAAGCAGUUGGUCCUGGGGGACUGCUACGGCCCCUCCCUCCGAGUCAGGGUCCCUCUCAGGAUGGAGAGCCCAGCUCCAACCCCGCGGUCUCCCAAUGGGGACCGCUCCUCCGUGCUCCGCUUCUUCCGCAGCCUGGUGAGGAGCAGGGGAAGCCCCAAGAGCUCCCGCAGGCCCCUGCUGGGCCAUCGGGAGUGCCCCUCGCAAGAGCCGCGCGCUGGGUCCUUGACGCCCGGCCAGGGGAUCAGCGUCCAAACCCUGGAGGUGGAGCAGAGGGCCACGGGGCCACUGGAGGUCAGCCCGGAGGCCCCAGCCGUGGAGGAGCAGUGUCUGCUGGAUGGAGAACUCAGGCUGGCUUCUCUGAACAUGGGGGCGACUCCCUGGAACCACAUCCUCGCCUUGUACAAGCAGUUUCAGAAGCUGGCCAUGGCCAAGCUGCCUGUCGAGGAGGAAGGCGAGGAAGAGGAAAUGGAGGAAGAGCUCUGUGUCCCAGUCACCCUCCAUCCGCCACUGCAUAAGAGGUUGAGGCCAGUAGAUACAGUGGGUUUCGUGGAGUCAGAGUUAAAGAAGUUUCUGGCAGCACAGCAGGAGUCCCGCCGCCGGAGGAUGGGCAGCCAGGCGCCUCUGGUCCCGCCAGAGUUCACCCUGGAGGGCAUUGUGGGUGACCAGUGCCUGCUCCUCGAGGAGAUGCAUGACCUGGGGGACUGGCCUCCGCUCGAGUGAGCGGGGCUGGGCGUCUGCCCCCCCGGCCGGCGGCUCGGAGCAGCCCUCUCCGGG